AUGUCUGGUACUCAAAUUAAGACGAAUGAACCACAAUAUGAAAAUUGGUUGGGUGCUCAUUCAUCAAAGAACGAUAAACAUCAUCCGUCUGUUAAAACGUCCUUUCCAGAUGUUAAUUUUCCACGUGGUUUACAGCUUUCUGCUCGACGUGGACCUGAAGUUGAAUUAUACGAUGUGGCUGGCGUUCAUUUACUGUGUCCACCGGAUUCUCAACCCAACAACCGGGGUAGUGGACAUAUUUGGUCUAAAUUGUGCCUAUUGAAAUCGUAUUUUCAUUUUAAAGGAAGAAAUACUUUGUCACCAACAGAUGACUCACCAAUUAUUUUGUCAAAUAAAAGUACGAACUUCAAGUCAAAUGCAUUUAAUGAAUUCAGUCCCAGCCAUUUGCCUACUAAGGCGACACAGUACCCAUCGUCAUCAAAUAAUAAUCAGACACAAACACAAACACAUGGUGUUUUGUUAUCCUCAUCAUAUUCAUCUUCAAGUCGUCAUCUUGUUAAACAACGAACACAUAUUUCUAAUAUAAUUGGUCGGUUAUUCAACUGGUUCACUCUAAACUCAUCUAAUCAUGAUCUUGAUCAUUAUAGCCACCCUUAUCUGUCACCAAAAGUUUAUCGGUACUAUAAGAAUUACUUCAUUUUAAAAUACCGCCAAGCUGAAAUCAAUGUGUUCAUUUUUCUUAAUUUGAUUGUUUGCAUUUUCUUUAUGUUGACCCUAUCGCUAUAUCCAAGUGACUCAUCUUCUUCAAAUUCUUUUGAUUUACCGACCGACCACAAUAGUGGCCACAAUACACCAACUCUUCAACACUCUUAUAUCCUUCCUAAUUUGCAUUUAACCCAUCCAAAUUUAAUACGUCUAAUCCUACUAACUAGUUCAUCGGUCUUGCUUCUGCUCAGUAGCUUUUUUGCUAACUUACCUUGCAUUUCAUCGAAUCUACGAGCUGAAAAUUCACUGUCAAGUAAAUCUUCGUGGAAAACAAAGGUAGCCGGCAAAUCUGUAUAUAACAAUGACAAUACUACUGACUAUGAAGGUCAAAAUAAAUCACGUGAGUGUGAUACACAAGAGAUAGUGAAUUUGAUAUUGGCCCAAAAAUUACGUAGAAAUCUUCGCUGGGCAUAUGGACUAAGUUAUGUGGCGUGUAUACUUAUUAUUUUAGCUAAUUUACCCUGGUUCAAAUCUUAUCAAAUCUCAUCAAAUUCAUAUAUAAAUCAUCCAUUUGUUCAACAGUUUAAUUGUAAUUCUCCUGUGGCAUACAAAAAGAAUAAUUCCACUGGCUAUAUAAAUCAAAUCACUAUUGUUCAUCAUCCUCAAAGUAAUAAUAAUAAUAAUCCUGGUAGCUUCGAAUACACAAAGCAUAUGUCUGAUAAUCUUUGGUCGUUAAUUUUCAGUAUCAUCCUGAUAUUGAGUUUUUUUGAUAUUGACAGUAUAUGGCCAAAAUAUUUACGAUAUAGUCUUACUUUAUCCGUGUCAUUAUUGUAUUUCAUAUUAACUAAUGUCAAUUAUGCUUUGACACAUUUUGAAACACUCAAGUUACCGAAUAUAUUUGAGAACAAUACAUUUCUAUUAAAUACAUCGUUGACUACAACAACAUUAUGUCCUGGAUGGAUUCAGAAGGCUACCUUUAUCCAACCUGUUUCAUGGUGGACUGAUCAUAAAGGGAUAUUAUGGAGGAGUAAUAUAGCUACAUUGUGUGCAAUAUUUUGUGCACAUUUAAUUGGUCAAGCAGUUGCAAUCUGGACUAGUCGACAUCGUUAUCGUCUGUUUUUAACAGCUGGUUAUGCACAAGCUGUUCUGUACAGAUUACAAAUGACUGAGUCAAAGUUGCAUCGAUUAGCCAGGUGUUUAGUGCCAGCACCACUAGCUGAGGAUUUAGUGAAUGAUUUUGUCAAUGGGCACUUGAGCUGGAGUUCGCCGCUUGUUAUCUAUCUACGAAAUGUGACAUUUCUCAGUGCUGAAUUAAUUGGUUUAUCAAAUUUAAGUGCAACUUUAUCGUCAUUAUCGAAAUCGACAGGCACAAAUUAUGAAUUGAUAUGUCAACAGUUUGUUUCUUUCAUCAAUGAUAUAUUCACUUGUUUUGAUCAUUUGGCUCAAUCGGAGUCAUGUUAUCGUGUACGAUUGAAUGCUGAUGAAUAUUUAUGUAUUGCUGGUUAUCCAGAGACACGUGUGGAUCAUGCAAGAUCAUGUAUUGAUUUAGGAUUGAAUAUGCUGAAGAUUAUCAGAGAGAUCAAUGAAAUUUCUCAUGUUCGAUUGGAAUUACGUGUUAGUGUGCAUACUGGUACUGCCUAUGCUAUUGUGCUUGGUCGUAGUCGGUUAGGCUUCGAUUUAAUCGGUGAUGAUGUCAGUUAUGUAAGCCGGCUGAAAUACUCUACCUAUCGUCCAGGUCGAGUGCUUACCUCACGAUCUACUUUCAGUCAGUUGCCAGAAGGUUUUCGUGGUGAAGCUGGCCCAGUGUUAGGUUAUCCAAAUCCAGUCAUUAUACAGUCAAAUGAAUCUGUUAAGUCUAAUAAUUCUGCAACUCACCACCAACAGCAAACAACUAUGGAAACAUACUUUGUGCAACCUCGAAAUAAGUCUUCCAAUACUAAUCAGUUGCAUCCAGUUGAUUUAAACGAAUCAAAUCCAUCAAAUGAAUGGCCCACUUUAGUAAAUCUUGACUGCAGUCUAGCAAGUACUAUAGUCACACGUUUAGCAUCAGCUGCUGCUGUCAUAUGUAGAAAUAUGAAUCGUAAUACUUUAACAGUAGAUAACAAUAUUACCACUAUUACUACUGCUCCUUCUAAUAUUACUAAUAACCACAAUAGUAUCAUUGGUCAUGACAGUGAGAACAAUAGUAAUAAUAUAUUACUUGAAUUACCCUUACAUUUUUUAUUUCACACUAAAUCUGAUCGUUAUCAUACCUGUCAUCAACAUCAUUUGCAACGGAAAUAUAUCGAUGAAGAUGAAGAGUUGAAAGCGAUUAAAGUUAAUUUAUUACAGAUUUUAACGAAUCAAGAAUUUGAUUCAUUAGAUUAUUGGGAUCAUGAAUACAAUGAAGUUCUGUGUAAUACCACUACUAAUGCUUCUGAUAAUAAUAAUAAUAAUAACAAUCAUUCAAAUAGCACUGGUGCCCCUGUUAAUGCACCUGUCACCACGGCUUCUAACCAUCAUCAUCGCCAUUGGCAGCCUUCUUCUUCUGCUUCGACUUGUAAAUUGUUGGCAGUAACUGCGGUUAAUUUGGCAAAAUCAUUGAAUAAUGAAAAUCAGCGAGAUGACAAUAAUACUAUUGACUGUUCUGAUAAAUUUGUCCCGUGUAAACGAAGAGUUGGUAAAUUAAGGAAAAAUUGUCCUUCAUUGGUUAUUGAUCCACCGAUGAGUAGUCCAGAUGUAAACGGUGAUCUAACUUCAAAUUUCGGUGUAGUGAAUUUAAUGGGUGUAAGUCUAGUAACGACUACAACAACUUCGGCAGUUGGUACACCAUUCCAAUCAUGUUUCGCGGAUACUGUAACACAACCACAUGCAAAUGCAAUGUCAGAUAGUAAUAAUAAUAAUAAUAGUGGUGAAAAUCAGAUCGGGUUAUUACAUAAUCUAAAACCAAUGAUAAAUAGGCUAUCAAUAUUAAGGACUGCACCAUUGGAUGAAAAGCCACCGUGUUGGUUAACUCUGAAACAGUCUACUUCUUCUCACCAAUUAGAUACAUCAGCUUCUUUUGGCUGCUAUCAUCUCCUGAAUUGUUUCAAGAGUAGUUUACUACGUAAAAUAUCUUAUACAAGUCUAUCUUUACAUGAUAAUAAUAAUAAUCAUAAUAAUGAAAAAGGAAAUGAUUCUGAUGGAAAGCAAUUGGCUCAUCAAAGCACCGUAUCAUCAAAUCUUUUCAAUCACUUGGGUUGUUGUCAAUCAUACAGUAGUCAUAAUAAUAAUAAUAAUAAUCAUGAUGAUCAUGAAGGCUUAUUAGCCCAAAUAUCUUCUGUUCAAAAUCAAUCACUUCAUGUAUUGUGCUUUUCAACAAUCAUGUUUAUACCAAUUUUAAUAAUUUUGGGUUUUAUGCAUUUACUUGUUAUGCCAAGAUCUGUCAUACUGCUUGUCUCGUAUUCAGUUGCUACCAUUUAUAUAACCUUACAAUUAAUGGUUAUAGGAUGCUUUAAACGAUUUAAAAGAAGCAUUUUACCAUGUUCUUCGCCAACAAUAUGUCGAUUAUUUUUAUGGUUAAGUGUGAUUGUAGCCACUGUCACUACAUCAUUGAAUAUGUUCUUAUGUGGUCCUAUCGAUGAAGUGAAUUUGAUCAAUAAUAAUAGCAACAAUCUCGAUACACAUCAAAACCAUCCAUCUGAAAUAGCGUUGUACAGACAAGACAGAAAUUUGACCACAUCUACUGUAUUAAUAGUAGAUUACACGUUUAAAGAGGGCUACAUUUUAACUUCUUCAGCCUCUGGUUGGAAUGUCAACAACAGCAACAGUGGGCAUUAUUGUUUCUUCUAUGAUCAAUUUAUAAUUAUCGGUAGUAUAUCUAUGCUUAUCUCAGGUAUAUUCUCUUCUGCUGCUUUAUAUGCAACAAAUCGCAAUGUCAAACUAACUAUCCUACAACAAUCUGUACAAAUAAUUGAUGGUAUACUAGAAUUUAUAGUUACACCACAGUUGACACGUGUAUUCAUUGGUUUGUUAGUAUUUCUACUGCAUAUUAUUAUCAUUCUGUGGACUACGCAUUACAAUGGGUUCUUUAGUGUAUUACUGCAAAGUAAAUAUCAAAAAAGGUAUGAUAAUAUCACUUCAUCGAAACUCUUUUCACCAUCGAUAAUAAUUCAACCAAGUCUGUUUAUUCCAAAUUUUGUUCAAUGCUUAUUUGCUCAAUUCGCUUUUCUCCUACUUACUGUUUUAUUGCCUCGAAGUUUAGAAUAUCAGUGCAGAUUAAUUAAACAAUGGAGAUUGAAAACUCAAUCAGCCGUGGAGAAGUUAAACUUGACAACUGUAGCUCUAGCGCGUCUACUAGUUUCAAUUGUACCACGUUUUGUGAUUGCUAGACUGUCGAAUCCCGAGAGAACAAUGGAAGUAUAUAGUAAACCACAACAUAAUAUCGGUAUAGUGUUAAUACAAUUUGUUGUCAUACCAUCACAAUCUUCACCGACUUCACUGAUACAGAUGCAGAAGGAACAGCAACAGAAACAAGCAGCUGACUGUACAAAUACUGCUCCUGUUGCUACUAACACUGCCAAUACAACCACAGGAAUAACAGCGGAUAAACCAAAUGAUGAGAAAUCGAAGUCAAAGUUAACGGCGAAUGAAGAACCAACACAGAUUGCUGAUCGUAUACGCCUGUUAAAUCAUGUUAUACAUCUAGUCGAUUCAAUUGCACUUGGUCAACAGUCAACAGUGUCAGAUAAUUCAGAAAAUUCUAAUAAUAUUCACGAACAAUCCUGUAAAGAUCAUACAUUAGAGAAAAAUGAUAACAGUAACAAUAAGAUAUUUUCAUCUUUGUCAUCAUCAGCAACAUCAUCGUCAAUAUCCGUAUCUAAAUUGAAUUUACUGAAAAUUUAUUCUGGUGGAUUUAUGGUUGGUUAUGCAGCUGGUGUCAGAGGACUUGGGAAUUCUGAUUCUCAAGUCAUUCAGUCUGCAGCUACGCAAUGGACAUGCUUGAUAAAAUUUAUUGAACAAGUGAUUAUUGUUUGCGAUCAGUUGAAUAAAAAAUCGAAUUGCCAGUCGUCCACUUCAACGUCAUCUUCAUCAUCAAAUGGUCAGAUUUAUGUUCAAGCUGCUCUUCAUUUUGGAUCAUGUAUACUUGGUUUUGUAUCCAGUCAACAUCCCGUUUUCACUUUAUGGGGAGAACCAUUAGAAAUAUGUCGUCAACUGUUAUCUAAACACCAGUUAACUCAUUUAAACUCACAGCAUUUUAUUCUAGCCACAGAUGAAUUGAUUAGUUUACUUCCAUUGAAUCUUUUGAAUUCUUCUACUUCAAUUGGUGCAACUUCUGCGCCUUUGCCUCCCUCAUCAUCUUGCUCUUCAACUGGUGUCAGUACUAAUCUAUUAAAUCAACAUUUAUUCACAUGGUGUACUGUAGAUCCUACUGUUGGAAGAAUUAUACCAUCUGUACAACUUCAACGUCCACCAUCAUCGUCACUUUUGAAGACAAGAGAUGGACGACCACCUUUUAUUGAUCGUUUACUUCAUUUCUGUACUGUUCGUUCGAACAACAACAGCAACACUACUACUACUACUACUACUACCAUUACAUGUAAUAACAGUAGUAGUAGUAGUAAUACUAAUAAUGGCAACAGAAAUGUUUUUAACGUCUGUCAGUCAGAAUUAGCCAAUACCAAAUCAGAUAAACAUGUUUCUUCUAUGCUCAAUACUUGUUGUUCGUCAACUCCUAUACUGGUAUCUAACAUUUCUAGUGCUCAUGGAAUACCAAUACCGAUACAACAACAAGUUGGUAAUGGUCAAAAGGAAAAUCACCCGCUCGAUUCAAAUAAUUUCAAUGUUACCAAUUACCAUCCUUUAAAUAACAACACCAACUCAUCUCCUCCACCUAUUGUCGUGACUGAUAUUCCUAAUAAUGACAAAAGAAUGUCAACCACGAUCAAUGCAAUCAAUCAUUGCACACCUAAUCAAGCGAUAAUAUCACCGACAACUGAUCGACAGUUAGUGGAUGAUGCUUUUCAGUCGUCUACUAAUCAUCAUCAUUGUCAACAGCAAAAACGUAAAAGUCAACCAUUUUUAAAUGCUACAAAUAUUACAUUGGAUUCAUCAACUGUUCAAUUCCCUCACCCCCAAGGCCAAUCUUUGCCUGCUUCUCUACCACAACCACCACCGCCUCCACCUCAUCAACGAUUUUAUCCUUCCAAUACUAUGCAUAUAGAUUCUACAAUUCAUUCUCAAGCUCAGGUUUAUUGUGUACCAUCAGGAUCAAUACUUGUUCCAUACACUGUUGUGUCAACAGUGACUGAUUGUACCAGCGCUAAUAAUAAUGAUAAAUGUAAUGUUUCAUCGCAUAUUUUAAAUGGUUCUCAACAGAAGCAUGGAUUCACAUCACCCAGUGUUAUUCAAAAAUUGUCUACAGCCAACAGCUUACAUACUACAACAUCAAUAAGCCAUGAAAAUUGUCAAAUUCCGACAUCUUAUCAAACUUCACCAGCACCACAGCAUGUACAUUCUGUCUCAGAUAAAAUAAAUUCACGAAAUGCUAAUCAAGGCUUUAAGCCACCUGUCAGACCUAACAGUUAUUGGCCAGUUCCAGAUGAGAUAUCAGUCGAUAAAUUACAAACUAAUCAUGAUAAUGAUUCUCGUAAAGAGAAAUUGAAUAGACCUAUCUCUGCUGGUAUAGUUAAACGAUACGAUGGAAUGGUGUUAAAUAUUUUUGGCAAUACAACUGAACAGUUGUCAUCAACAUCUAUUAAUACGAAUAAUUGUCCUCGACCGACAUCACUUUCAUCAAUUGACUCAUUUUUAAUUGCUGAACGUGCAUGUGCUGCUUAUGCAUCUGGUGAUAUUGACGAGAAAAAUAUUCAUGAAGAUAAGGUGAUGAGUAUUCCAACUAAAAGUGAUACAAUGGCAAUGAAAACCAACAAAACUACUACUACUGCUACUACUACUACUACUGAUAAGAAUAAUAAUAGUCAGUCCAUUAUUCAUGAUUGGGAUCACGUUAAAAAUGCAAUUAAUCAACUCUCAUCUAAUCAAAAUAUUAAUAAUAAUAAUAAUAAUAAUCUUAGUGAUUUCUUUGUUAAAGACGAAGUGGAAGAUGAAGAUGAUGAUGAUGAUGUAAUAAACGGGGAUGGUACUAGUCAUCAUAAUCCUUUGUAUACUGAUAAUGAAUAUGAAUCAAUGGCGGAAAGUCAAGGUAAUCUUUUAGACACUGUCGAUCAUUCACCUUCACUCUCUGAUAAUAAUAAAUCUAUCAAAAGUGAUAAACAUCACAGAAAUUCUCGUCCCAUAUUAUUCGCUACACUAUCACAAAUAGAUCCUCGGGAUAGGUUUGUAUGUCAGUCAUCAUCAUCGUCAAUAAUUACACCCGAGAAAAUAAAAAGUUCACACCAGGAUGAUAUUCAUUUCCUGGUACAAGAUAGUAAUAAUAAGGCAAAUGGAUCUUAUUCGUCGUCAAAUAAUCCAAUAACAAUAGCAACAACAACAGGAGUGUCGACGAAUGGUAUGGUUCAUCAUGAGUUCAUAGUGAAUACUGAUCAGUCUAUAAAUAGUAAUGUGCAUUUUAAGAAUGCUAGUCAACCUAUUCAAAGCAAUACAUUUGAUUUUCCGGAUUAUCAACGUCCAUCAAGUCCAGGUGGUGGAGGAUAUCUGCACGAAAAGAUGAAUACUCCUCAUCAGACUAGUAAAGAUCUAUCAUUAUCAUAUACAAAAUCGGAUCACGUUGUAAAACAACAGCAGAUCAAUUCAGUGAAAACUCCACCUACUUCUGCAUCUUCAUCAACCGGCGGCAGAAAUGAUCAUCAUCAUCAUCGCGCAUUUCAUGAAAUGAUGGUGACGACAGCAGCGGCGACAACAAUGGCUACCGUAACGACUUUCAGUGAAAGAUCAACACACUCUUCAGGAUCGAAUUCCCUCUGUCUUCCAUUAGAGGUGAAUCGUUCUUCUGUAGUAAUGCAAUCACUACAAUGUACAGAUCAUAUAAUUAUUCGAAAUGUUUGUCAAUCUGGCAAAGUACAACAAAUUGCAAAAAACCAUUUCAUCAUGAAUGAGCCAAAUGAACAACGAUAUGAUAUUCCAUAUAUACCGCAUGAACACUCUAAGUUGAAUUCGUCAACAAGAGAACCAGAAGGUUCAGAUGCUGAAUAUAUGGGUACAGCAUCACUUGGACCAUUGAGUAUGGCUGUAUUAACUUCAAUGACAGAAGAUGGUUUAACAAGCUGUGAUGGUGAUGAGAUUACAGAAGACGAUGAUAAUGAUGGUGAUGACGGAUGUGUUGAUCUGAUGGAUGGUAACAGUGCUGUAGUACAACAUCAAAAUCUUCGAAAUAGUAGUAAUGGUAUAAUUCAUGGUAUGAUGACUGAUAGCCUGUUAGCUAAUCCAGAUUUAGAUGGGAGAGAUUCAGAAUUGGGUGAAGAUUUUGACUAUACAUCUGAAUACAUAGAAUCGUCCAGAAAUUCUCAGUUACAUCAUCAUCAUAGUCAACGUACUACUACUAUUAAUGAUGAUUGCACGCCAUACGUCAAUCAAAAUCAAAUGAUGAUGAAUUAUCUAGUUGAGUCAAAUAACAGUAAUAAUAAUAAUAACUUUUGGCAAAAUCAUAUUCCUUCAAAAUUGAAUAUAAUGACUACUAACAAAGAUAAUAGUAGUAGUGAUAAUAUUAAACUACAUCAGCAUAAUACACAUAUGUUAUUAGAAGCGGCUUUAUUGUCAACAUCUACAACACCAUUAUCACAACUGGGUAUCAUCGAUAGUAGUUCAAAUGAAAAUGAUUCAAAUAAUAUUAAUCAUAAAAACAUUAAUACUAAUAAUAUUAACCCACAAUUAAUCAAUAUUUCAUCAUCAUCUAUUGAUUUAGAUGAUUUAGGCAAUGAUGAAGAGUUAUUUAUGUAUCACAAAAAUUUUGGACAUAUUGGAUUUGAUUAUAUGAUACAUAAUCCGUCAAAUAAAACUGAACCAGCCUAUCUGUCAAAUAUUGUUCCGCAUGAAUCUAAAAUGAAUAUCAAUCAAAAACAAAUUGAAGUAGCGAUGAAGAGAACUGGUCAUCAUCAUCCUUCUGAAGUACAUAAUGAGAAUAUUGAUUCUUGCCUUUUACAACAACAACAAAAACAAUUUCGUGAUAAUCAUUCAUUACAGCAUACUACUACUAACAUACGACCAUCGUUACCAGAGAUAGCACCAGUUAGUCUACCGAAUUUCUCAUAUCCGCAAACAUCACUUAUCACAGCGCCUUGGUAUUCAUCCUCUGACAAUAACACCAACAACAACGAUAAUAAACAUAAUAGUAAUAACAAUCAUAAUUUAUCUAUACCAAAUCCAUUGAUUCAUCCGCCUAACUUGCCGUCUGCAUUAUCGUCUACACCAGUUACAAGUGGUUGUCAACGAUUAAUGCCGCAGACAGUUGAUUUAGCCUCAGAUUAUGAUAAUCUAUAUCCGAAUUCAUUUCAUACAACAGGUAAAUAUGCAUAUGGUCAAAAAUUUCAGGCUUCCAAUCGAGUUAGUGAUAAUAAUAAUAACAAUAGUCACAAAUUAUCGUCAACAAUAGCUGUAACUAAUGUUGAUUCUACUGCCAGCUCUGUGAACGGUGGUGGAAGUCGACCAGCUUUUAGAAAAUUGAUUAAAGCUCAACAGCAACGUCGUCAUACCGACUGGCAUUUGUUUUCGAAUGGGGAAGAAAGUGAUGCGAUGAGUGGGUAUAUUGGUGAUUCCGCUUCGUCGGUCUACGAUACAGGCGAUGAUGACGACGAUACCGACGAUAAUAAUAAUGCUGACUUUGACAACGGUAAUAAGAAAAAUAAGAAAAGUGAGACAAAAGGAAAUAUGAACGGCGUACAUAAAAACAGCUGUUAUACACUUGGUGAAAGUCAUAAUGAGUUACCCGUAGUUACAAAAUAUCAAAAUAUUCCAGUCAUAAAUCAGUCUAAUCGAUACACAAAUGGUAGUGAUGAUGCAACCAGUGCUAGUUGUUCAAGAUUACUCAAUAAAUGUGAACCAGCAUCAAUUAUCUCGAAUGAAUCUCAUUCUCCUAACAAGUGUGGCUUUAUAACUACUAAUAAUAGUAAUAAUAAUGAUUCAUUUAUCAAUGAAUUGAUGCAUGGUGGAAGACAAGUCAACUCAUCGAUUCAAUCAUCAGAUAGAAGAAAUGAUCAGUCUGUGGUGAAUUGUACUGUUAGUCAACAAGAAUAUGGGCAACACCAGCGACAACAACAACAGUGUAUACCACGAAUAUUACAUCGUACUGUUAGUAUUGCUGACAGUCAUACUAGUGGCGCACGUUCUGAAUAUGAUAAUGUUGAUAAAUCGGGCUCUCAGACUGAUGAUUUCCAUGAGUCUGAAGAUGUAGAUUAUGCAAUGAAUUAUGCUGUAGUUCCUACUAUGCCGACAACAACAACAACCACUACUAACACUACUGACAAACGAGUUGUAUCCCAAUCAUCGUCGCCAACAACAACAAAUUUAUCAACAAAUAAUAAAUUAUUCUCCAAAAAUCGUAUCAAUAGUAGUAAACAGGGUUAUAACGGGGAAACAUCGCGAGUCCCAAUUACAACCAGUUCAUGUAUUCAACAACAGUAUGGUCAAAAGCAAUACCGUCGUCAACAGCAGCAUAGUAUUUUUGAUGCACAAAUAGCCGCGGAAGCUAGACGAAUUAGUCGACAGUUCCGUGUAAUGGGUUGGACACCAGUGGUGGUUGGAGGAAAUCAACAAACACAGGCGGAUAAUCUAUCUGAUGGAGAUGGUGAUGAUGAUCAUGAAGAAUGUUUAAUAAAUUCUAAUCAAGUGAUGAACAAUACAAACGGAUUGAACUUGUUACCAUCUUCUAGUUUACAUCGACCCCAUUUAUUUUUACUACCGGGGAGCACUGAAAUUAAUCAUUCCCAUUCACGUCAAACUUCCCUUCGUCGCUGUGCAACUUCUCGAUAUGCUGGUGGUAGAGGUUGCAGUGGUGGUAUGGAUAGUGAAACAGUAACUACUGUUACUUCACAAGUAGACGAUGACGAAGAUGAUGAUGAACGGCAGUUAGAUCUAAAUGAUGACGAAGAAUGUGACAUGGACUUGAUUGAUGAUGGCGACAAAAAUGGGUUCCCUGCAAAAUUACAAUUUCUUCUUUCUGAUGAAAAUAUCCUGAAUGGUGUUUCAUGGGAAUAUGAUGUAGAGAAGUGGACAUAUCAAAAUUUUGGUGAUCCUCAACUUGGCUGUCUACUUGUCCGACCCCGUUCACUUAGUGCAACGUGUUUAAAUAUACUGCCAGUGAUAGAUAAUUCUCAUGUUUACAACGAUGUGACAGAUGACCAUCGUGACGAUAAUGCUCAAGAUGAUGCUGGUAAAAUCAAUUCGGGAUGUAAUUUCAUGAAACUUGCCAAACUUAAAAAUUCUAACGAAGAAGAUGAACGUCAUUCAUAUUAUCAGUUAAAUCGUCAACGCUAUGCAUCAUGUAAUAAUAAUGAUAAAGAAUACGAUAGCGUUACAGCCGAUCAUAAAGUCUUUAGUCCACGUUUAAAACGUUUACAAAAGCGUACUGCUCAUGUACGUAAUCUGUUACCACCUGAUUUGCAUAGAUUUAUUCUUCCCGGAUGCAUGAGUUCAUUGAGUCGUUCAUCAUCUAUGUGUACAUCUAGCCAUUAUACAACUACAUCUCGUGAUCAUAGUGGUCUACUCUUCUUAUCAUUAUCACGUAAAACAUCAUAUCAUCGACGUUUUCAGCGUCAACGAUUAUACAAUAAUGAAGAUAAUCACGUUAAUAACAUUAGUAAUAAUAGUAAUAAUAAUAAUGGUACAACUGUCAAUGGAAAUUAUCCUAAUACUACUACUGCUGCCACUAAUCAAAGUAUUAAUAUACAUUCACAAUUAAGAAUGCCUAAUUCAAUUCGUGUAUAUAAGCAUCAACAACAACAAGGAAAUCUGUUAAAAUUUUCAAUAGAUAAUCGUAAAUGGGCUAGUGAUCCUGAUUUACAGUUAACGGCUAAUUGUCAAACUAUCGAUUAUAUAGAAUAA